AUGGGCGAGCUCCAGCAUCAUCAACCACAACAGCAGCAGCAGCAGCAUCACCGACUGGCGUCCUCGAUCGGCGGCCACUCGACGAGUCAUUCGUCUGGUGGCAGCCAGUCAUCGAAUGAAGGCUCAUUGGAUUUUUUCCGCUACGGGCCAGUCGGUAGUGGCAGCGGAGGGAGUACGGACCGAGUGUCACCUACUGAUUCUCUUGGAUCAGCAGGACGUGGAACCGGUAACAAGGGACCCUUGGCUGGUAGCGCUGUCGCUCAGGUUGGGGGCGUUGGCGGUUUGAGUGCGGGGGCCAACAAUAUGGGACGUGAGUGCGUGGUUUGCUUCGAGUCUGAGGUGGUGGCCGCUCUUGUACCUUGCGGACACAACCUCUUCUGUCUUGAGUGUGCCAACCGUGUCGUCGCGUCAGCCAAGCCUGAUUGCCCCGUGUGCCACCAGCAUUGCUCACAGGCCGUACGAAUCUACAAUUAGGAUAUGAGCAAAUAAACAGCAGGAAAGUAAACACAAGCGGGCACAGACACCGGCGUGUGGUGCCCGCCUGUUGCCACUGCCACCCCUAUUCCCCCAAGAUAACAAAAUAGCAGCAGAAACAUACGGAAACUUCCCUGUCAGAGCAUGCAGCACCUGCAACAAUAUUGGCAUAGAAAUUAGCACGAGCACGUGGACAGCUGCUUAUCCUUUAUUAUAACAGCUAAGUCAGAUCUCCGCGCUCCGCCGCGCUCGGUGGUCACUCUCUGCUGAAGGAACUUCUCUUCCCGCGGUGAACCAGCGAUGCUGAUGCCGAUGAUCAUGAUGAUGAUGAUGAUGGUGAUGGUGAUGAUGAUGAUGAUGAUGAGUGUAACGAGGGGCUAGCAAAAAGCAACUGUUGACAAAUGUAUACCAGCUAUACCUACAGCCGUCAAAAAGCAAAAAAAUAUUUGAAACGCCUUCGAUGGAGAUCCACCGAUCUAAUAACAUCAUGAGUAAUAGUAGCAUUUGAUUAUAUUUGACUACUGAGCAAAACUGACGCGACGAUAUACGAAUAACGGUGAUACAGAGAGAAAGAUAACUCCGAUUUAUGGAUUUGACAACCUUAUUAUUAUUAUUCUUAUUAUUAUAUUACUGUACAACGGUAAUAACACUAUGACAAUAACAACAAUAUGAUUAUAUUAUAAAUAUGACUGUCGCCGUUAAAUGUCAGAAAAAGAAGUAAGAUACUUAGCAGGCGACUGAUCGACUCGUUAGCGUGAUAUAUAUAUAUAUAACAAUAAGGUGUCACAAUAUUGAUUAAAACAUACGCAUCCAUACAAGAAUAUAGAUACACACAGUCACACAUAUACCCAUCUAUAUAUAUAUAUAUAUAUAUAAGUGAAAGAGGCAGGUGCUGGAGUAAUAAUAAUUAUAAUAAUUCACAAUAAUAUUUUUUCAAAACAUUCUCAUUAAAAAUAUUGAUGGGCACACAGAGAGUACACAGAAGCACGCACACACGCACAUUAACCACACAUGAUAUAUUCAUAUAUAUAUAUAUAUAUAUAUACGAUGAUGCGCAUUACGGUGAAAAUUAAGAGGAAGAUGCGUAAUAAACCGUAACAACAGCGACAUCAAAAACAGAAAGUGUGAUGUAUACGCCAGAGUGAAUACAAACUAAACAUCAUCUGCAAAAACAUACGGCUUAUUGAAUCGAAGGAAAUGUGUAACAAUCGUGUGCAAACAUCUAACUCGCGGUGCGUGUGUAUGUGUACAUGAGUGCGUAUGAAAGAGGACUAUAGAGAAGAGCACUACAGGAUUAAAUUAGCAGUAAAAAGCACGAAGUUUAAAAACGAAGUAGGCACAGAAGACAACGUCUACGGUGUUUAUGCUGAUGAUGAUGAUGAUGAUGAAUAAUUUACGUAAUUGGGAUGCGUGUUCAGUGUUUAAAGGUGACCCAACGGCCGAUACGUAUCGUGAAGAUAGAGCAGCAAAUGGCAAUGAUAACGUUGUGUACUGUUUCGGUCAAGGGGACUCAUGUGGACAUAACAGUAACAACAACAACAGCAGCAGCAGCAGCAGCAGCAGCAGCAGUGUGCCCAGCGUUGUUUGCAAAA